CAUGCGCGGUAUCUGUUCGUGGCCCUUCUGUUCUUGGUGCCUGUCUGGUCUUCAGGGACCUAUUCUAGCAGUAAAUCUAAGGAUAGGACUGUUAGGCAACGACAUAACGACUCAUUUCAAAUUAUUUGUUAGGCUGCACUGUGCAAACUUUACUUGCUAUUCGACUGGAGUCGCCCAGGUCGUCGACUGGCCAACAAGCAGAGCAUCCAUUCAUCCUUUCAUUGGCAGCUGAGGUUUUCCAGUCAAAGCUAGCUAGCGUUAGCCAAGAGGCAGGGGACAGCUGUGUCAGAGGGAUCCUCAAAAUGUCCGGUUACCAAGGAAAGAAGAACAUCCCAAGAAUUACAAGUGACCGUCUCCUCAUCAAAGGAGCAAAGAUAGUGAACGAUGAUCAGUCAUUCUUGGCUGAUAUCUACAUGGAGGAUGGAGUCAUCAAGCAAAUCGGAGACAACCUCAUCGUUCCCGGGGGAGUUAAAAUCAUAGAGGCUCAUGGGAGAAUGGUGAUGCCUGGAGGUAUUGACGUGCACACCCGAUUCCAGAUGCCUGACCGAGGCAUGGUGGCGGCAGAUGACUUCUACCAGGGCACCCGGGCGGCCCUGGCUGGGGGAACGACCAUGAUCAUUGACCAUGUGGUGCCGGAGCCUGGCGUCAGUCUGGUUGCUGCGUUCAAACAGUGGAGGGAGUGGGCUGAUAGCAAGUCCUGCUGUGACUAUUCUCUGCAUGUGGACAUCACUGAUUGGAACAAAGGCAUUCAGGAAGAGAUGGAGACUCUAGUGAAGGAUCAUGGUGUCAACUCUUUCCUGGUCUAUUUGGCUUAUAAGGAUGUUUUCCAACUUUCUGACUCUCAGAUCUAUGAGGUGUUCAGUGUCAUCAGAGAUCUCGGAGCCAUUGCGCAGGUGCAUGCUGAGAAUGGAGACAUCGUUGCAGAGGAGCAGAGACGUAUUCUAGAGCUGGGGAUCACUGGCCCUGAAGGUCAUGUGCUCAGCCGCCCAGAGGAGGUGGAGGCUGAGGCAGUCAAUCGCUCUGUCACCAUAGCCAAUCAGACCAACUGUCCUCUCUACAUCACCAAGGUGAUGAGUAAGAGUGCUGCUGAUGUCAUCGCUCUUGCCAGGAAAAGGGGUGCUGUGGUUUAUGGAGAACCCAUAUCUGCCAGCUUGGGCACUGACGGUACUCAUUACUGGAGCAAGAACUGGGCCAAGGCAGCAGCCUAUGUCACUUCUCCACCACUCAGCCCCGAUCCCACCACCCCCGACUACCUCAACUCCCUGUUGUCAUGUGGGGACUUGCAGGUGACUGGGAGUGCUCACUGCACUUUCCAGACUUCUCAGCGUGCAGUAGGCAAAGAUAACUUCAGCCUAAUUCCAGAGGGCACCAACGGCACUGAGGAGAGGAUGUCCCUAAUCUGGGACAAAUGUGUGGUGACUGGAAAGAUGGAUGAGAACCAGUUUGUGGCAGUGACCAGCACAAACGCAGCCAAGAUCUUCAACCUGUACCCCCGCAAGGGCCGCAUUGCUGUGGGGUCUGACGCCGACCUCGUGCUGUGGGACCCAGACAUCACUAAGAUCAUCUCAGCUAAGAGCCACAACCUGGCUGUGGAGUACAACAUCUUUGAGGGCACAGAGGUGCGUGGAGGUCCUCUGGUGGUGAUCAGCCAGGGCAAGAUAGUAUUGGAGGAGGGCAGCCUUCACACCACCGAGGGCUGUGGGCGCUACGUCAGCCGUAAACCCUUCCCCGACCAAGUGUACAAGAGGAUAAAGGCUCGCAGCAGGCUCACAGAGUUACGAGGAGUCCCCAGGGGCCUGUACGAUGGGCCGGUGUGUGAGGUGACUCUGACUCCCAAGGUGAUGUCCACAGUCUCCUCAGUGAAGACUUCCCCUGCCAAGCAGCAGCUGCAGCAGCAGCAGCAGCAGCAGCAGCAGCAGCAACAGCAGCAGCUUACUCACCAGCCAGUGCGCAACCUUCACCAGUCUGGCUUCAGCCUGUCUGGUGCCCAAAUUGACGACAAUGUUCCUCGUCGCACCACUCAGCGCAUCGUGGCUCCCCCUGGUGGGAAAGCCAACAUCACCAGCCUCGGCUAAGCUCCUCUCACAACUGAGCCGGGGCGCAGGGCAUCACGGGACCAGAGGCCACUCUUACCGCUGUCACAUCACAUCUGGUCACCUCUGACUCCCCCUGCACCCCACCCAAAAGCACUCCAUCCAUUCUUGUUCUCACACUACCACUGUGUCACCUCAUGGGGAAAAAAAAAAGAGAAAGCACUAUUCCAUUCUGUUUCAUCUUUCCUGCCAUAUUCUACUGUCAUCAAGGAAGGAUCAAGUGAAUUGAAGCAGCUUUUUUGCUGUUUUUUUUUUUUUAAAGUCCAGUUUGAUUAUUGAUGAAAGUAAUUUGUUUACAUUUGUUUACAUUUUUGUAUAAUUUUUGCGGUCCAUGUUUGAGCAGUUUAGGUGACAGGAAAACUAGGCCUGAGAAGCGGUCAGUUUCAUGAGCGGGCAUUUUAGCAACAGCAGUUGUUUACAAUUUUUGUCUUCUUGCGCUGUUUUACAGAUAUUAGUUAGAAUGUGCUGGUGGUCGUGUUACGCUACAACCUUUUAGUUGGAAGUAAAGCCUCCACUGUCCAUGUUGUAACACUGCUACACUGUAAAAUUGCUGUUUAAAAUCUGAAAAUACUAAUCAUGAAAGAUCAGAAGAUUAGAAUAUUUUUUUUGCAUCUCAGAAGACCUUUUAAUUUCAAAUUUGCAGUAUUAGCUGAACAUUUCACUUUGGUCUUACUUUUGUGUUAUAGUUGCACUUUCUUCAUUUUUUAACACUGAUGUUUUAUGUUUUUAUUAAGUUGUUUUGGAAAGCACUGACUGCACUGAAAGGAAAAGAAAGGGUAUUUUAGAGUUAAACCACUCAUUCAAUUUCACCCUGAAUAUAUGUGUCAGGGAGAAAUGGUACAUAACAUUUUGUCUGAGAGACAUGAGACGAGACAUUUUUUUGUUUUUUUUUGGUUUUCCACACCUCAUUUCAUCAUUUUGUUUUUUCGUCAUGUUUGUUGAAAGGUUGUCAGGGCAACAAGCUUCCAAUAAUCAGACCGGUGUCUAUUGUUCAGGAUACAGACAAGACACCACGAAGAAGCUAGAUGGGAGGUUUGCCGACAGCCUCUCUGCACCUGGUGCUAUAUGACCAUCGCUGUAUAUGUGCAGAUGAUGUCCACAUCCACACAGCAGUUGAGUAAGCUUUGUAAUAACAGCAGCCAGGGUAGAGUCACCUUUUACCCAAUUUUGACAGAAUUUGUUUUGCACCCGUAACAAUCCAAAAUGGUAAAACUGUAUGUGAGCUUGCAGCUUUUUAUUUGUAUUGGAUAUGUCUGUUUGUUUUAGGAUAUUUGUUGAAUUGAACUACUUGCUUGCCUAUUCUGUAAGAUAUUGAUAGCACACUGUAUCUAUGAAGGCUCUUUAAAGAGGUGGAACCAUGAUCUUUGAGACCUGAUGAAAAACGCUUCAGUAUGUUUAUGAAAUCCCUCAGCGUGCUGAUGAUGUGUCCACUGUUCUCGGUGUUAGUGUUGUGAAUGAAUUACCAGAUAUCCAGUUCUUCUUCUCUUACCCCUCUAUCUGCCCGACAUUGUUGACACCGGAUUCACUCAAGGUAGUAACCGUAUUCACCAAACCACAACGGGUUGUCAGUGACGCAGCACUGUACGACCACACUGUACGACCACACUGUAAAACACUGGAUUUUUUUCUUCCUCAUUGCCUUGUCAAGUGUAGGUUUUGUUUGCCAAGCUAUAAUGUGAAGUGAUUUACAUUUGGGGAAGUUUCUUGGUAAUGGUUAUUGAGUUGUAAUGUAUGUUGCCCCUCUCCCAGCAAGUGUGAUACUCUCUCGGUCAUGUAUGUUUUGUAGGUUACCAGGGUUUUGGGGGAAAUCGUUGGUCCCGUCAGCAUUUGACCCUAUCUGUGUUGACUUCGGUGGAUUAAAAUAAUAAAAAAAUGAAAUUUA